UAGGAAUUUACAGAGCAGCGAAUGAGCUGAAGCUGAAUCGGAUAUCUCUCCGUGUAAGGGUUUUGCGAUGUGCAAGAGAGUGAGACUGAGAUUGAGAAAGAGCUCUUCUCAAUCAAUCAACUGAAGCCUAAUCAGUAAAGAUGCAGAGAUCGGUUUCGAGUGUAUUUGCUUCGACGGCGAAGAGAUUUGUUCAUCGGAAACUCCAUGGGAAAGGUAAUCCUCGAACCGCUCCUUCUUCCUUUAAUGUUUGCCGGGGACGACGAGCUUUCGCUAGAGGCAGUGGUGAUUACAGAGAGAUAUUGAGAAAUGGGCUGAGUGGUUUAAAGCUAGAUGAUGCAAUUGCUUUGUUCGAUAAAAUGGUACUGUCUCGUCGACGUCCUUCAAUCAUUGAUUUUAGUAAACUCUUGAGUGCUAUUGCUAAGAUGAAGAAGUUUGAUGUUGUCAUCUCUCUGGGCGAGCAGAUGCAAAAGCUGGGGAUUGCACAUAAUCUCUAUACUUACAAUAUUUUGAUUAACUGUUUCUGCCGCUCCUCCCAAGUCUCUCUUGCUUUAGCCGUUCUUGGCAAGAUGAUAAAGCUCGGCUAUGAACUCGAUAUUGUCACGCUUUCUUCACUGGUCAAUGGGUACUGCCACAGUAAGAGAAUUUCCGAGGCUGUAGCUUUGGUUGAUCAGAUGGUGGAAAUGGGAUAUCAACCUAAUGUCGUUACAUUCACAACACUUAUCCAUGGACUUUUUCGCCACAACAAAGCUUCCGAGGCAGUGGCUUUUGUUGAACGGAUGGCUUUGAAAGAAUGUCAACCGAGUCUAGUUACAUACGGUGUGGUAGUAAACGGACUAUGUAAGAGAGGUGAUACUGAUUUGGCUUUAAAUAUGCUCAAGAAGAUGGAAGCAGCGAAAAUAAAGGCUGAUGUUGUAAUCUACAGCACAAUCAUUGAUGGUCUUUGCAAAUACAGACAAGUGGAUGAUGCUAUCAACCUAUUCAAAGAAAUGGAGACCAAAGGAAUCAAACCAGAUGUUUUUACCUACACAUCCCUCAUAAGUUGCCUUUGUAAUUACGGAAGAUGGAGUGAUGCUUCUCGGCUACUGAGCAAUAUGAUCGGGAGGGAAAUCAACCCCAAUGUUGUUACUUUCAAUGCAUUGAUCGAUGCAUUUGUGAAAGAGGGGAAGCUUCCAGAGGCUGAGAAAUUGUAUGAGGAGAUGAUCAAAAGAUCUCUAGAUCCUGAUAUUUUCACAUACAAUUCAAUGAUCACUGGUUUUUGCAUGCAUGAUCACCUAGAUGAGGCCAAGGAUAUGUUUGCUUUGAUGGUUAGCAAAAGUUGUAUUCCAGAUGUAACGACAUACAAUACUCUCAUAAAUGGAUUUUGCAAGUCUAAGAGAGUAGAUGAUGGGAUGGAACUCUUCCGAGAGAUGGCUCACAGAGGAUUGAUUGGCAACACCAUCACUUACACCAUACUUAUGCAAGGGUUUUUUCAAGCAGGAGAUUGUGAUAAUGCCCAAAUGGUAUUCAAACAGAUGGUUUAUGAUGGUGUGCCUCCCUGUAUUAUGACUUACAACAUCUUAUUAGAUGGACUUUGUAAUUCUGGGAAGCUAGAGACAGCAUUGAUCUUAUUCCAGGAUCUACAAAAGAGUGAAAUGGAACUUGAUAUUUUUGUGUAUACUGUUAUGAUUGAUGGAAUGUGCAAGGCUGGGAAGGUGGGAGAAGCGUGGGAUUUAUUUUGUAGCCUCAACGAUAAAGGAGUGAAGCCUAAUAUUGUAACCUACACUACCAUGAUCUCAGGUUUGUAUCGGAAACGUUUACUGCACAAAGGGGAUGCCUUGUUUAGAAAAAUGAAAGAAGAUGGGAUUCUCCCAAAUGAAUGUAUCUAUAAUACGUUGAUCAGAGCGCACCUCAGAGAUGGCGACAAAGCUGCAUCAGCAGAACUCAUCAAAGAAAUGAGGAGUUGCGGGUUUGCUGGACAUGCUUCAACCUUUGGCUUGGUCACUAAUAUGUUACAUGAUGGGAGAUUGGACAAAAGCUUCCUCGAUAUGCUUUCUUAAAACAGUUUUAUCAUCCUCGAGAGACAAGCAGUGAGGUUACAGACAAGAGUUGAUGCGAACACUUGGUUAUUGUCGUGCUGAGACAAGAAUAGUCUUCAAAGACAAAAGCUUUGAUCAUGAAAAUUUCAGACUUCAAAUGAUGUCUGCUGUACAUAAUGGAAGUUGUAAUCUUUUCAUCUUUGCAGUCUUGUAGUAUAUCUAUCCAGAAAGCCA